UGGAAACCGGAAGCGGAAGCGCCGCGCGCGAGUAAACCGCUUUUCCCUCGAUCAGGCGGAUUCUCCCGUGUUUCCCUCUCCCGCGUGCCGGGCCGAUCUCCAGCCGCAGUGACUGCUCCUGCCCCGCGCCGCGCCCCGCCCCGCCAACCGCCGGCAGACAGCGAGCGAGCGGCCGCCAGCCGAGGGAGGGGCUCCCGCCCUCCGCGCCGCCGCCCUCGCUCCCUGGAGGUGCUGUUGGCCCCUCGCUUCCUCGUCCUCCCGCGUCUCUGCUAGGCGGCCGCGAUGUCUGACAAGGAAUUCAUGUGGGCCCUCAAAAAUGGAGACUUGGACGAGGUGAAGGACUAUGUGGCCAAGGGUGAAGAUGUCAACCGGACACUUGAAGGUGGGAGGAAGCCUCUUCACUAUGCAGCAGACUGUGGACAGCUUGAGAUUCUGGAAUUUCUGCUAUUGAAAGGAGCUGAUAUUAACGCUCCAGACAAACAUAAUAUCACACCACUCCUAUCAGCAGUCUAUGAGGGCCAUGUUUCCUGUGUGAAAUUGCUUCUGUCAAAGGGUGCUGAUAAGACUGUGAAAGGCCCAGAUGGACUAACUGCCUUUGAAGCCACUGACAACCAGGCAAUCAAAACUCUUCUUCAGUGAUGGAUGGACUGAUAUCUUAAAUGUCUCUCCUGUGGCCUCACACUGCUGCCUGUCUGUCACUUUUUGCAUCUUCCAGCUUCUUCAGCUAAAUACUUUGGGGGGAGGGAAAUUCUUUAUGAAUCAGACUAGUUAGGGGCUUAUAUCAAAGAUAAUGUUUGGAGAGGGUUGAAAACUAUUAUGAACAGUGUCCCACUAGGACUUCUUUUCAGUGCACAAUCUCUUCCCAUUUCUAGUGAAAAUGGCAGAAGGAAGACAGACCAUGAUCUUGAAUUUUUGACUUGUAAAUCUCUUAGAUUAGUACUGUUUUCUGUUGAACGAUUGCUUUAGAUGGAAGUACUGUGCUAUAGACCUGAAACUAAUUGUGAAGGAGACGAUAGUCCCAUGCUAUUAGUGUAGUAAUAUAGGUGACUGGGUUGCUUUUCUCUCUCAGUGGGUAGCUUUAUUCUUCUUCUGCCUAAAGCUUAUGUUGCAGUUUUGAGGACUUUUGAUACUAGUUACUGGAGCUGUUCUUUAUAUUGACUAAUUGGAUGUCACACUAAUGUUUUUCUGAACUCUUGAGUAAACUGGUAAAGAUCAGUUGAGGCAUGGUGGUAUUACGUUCCGGAAUAUCUGCGGAGGUACUUAUGGAUGCUUGAAUUGGAGGUUUUUCUUUCCCUUGUUUCUUCUAGACCAGAACAGAUGUUCUAAGCAACUGUUAUUGAGAGAAUUCAAAGUGUCAGUUAUUUCCAAACAGAGUGUAAGAUUUAAGUUCUUUACUUGCCAUGUCAGCAUAAAAUUUAUAGACAGAUGGGAGAGCUACAGGCAGUUUGGUAGGCAGUUUGAUAAUCAAGUCAAAUGUGGAAAAUGAUCAUUAAUUAUUUAGACUUUCAUAUCAGGUGAAUAUUGUUGCUAAACUUUUCUGGUAAACUUUUGAAAUACAUGUAAGCUUUCUAAGUUCAGAUGUUAGCAAGAGGAAGAUGU